UGAUAAGGAAAAAAAGCAAGCCGAGGAACAAAUGAAACAAAUUAACCAGGCUUACGGGGUGCUAGGCAAUAAAGAAAAGCGGCAACAAUACGAUAGAUAUGGGGGUAAACAGGAUUUCUUUCGUGUCGGGGGAGGAUUUGAGGGAUUUACUGGUGCUUCUUCAAUUUUUGACGAAAUUUUAAGAAAUUUUGCGGACUUUGACUUUGGUCAGAGAACCGAAUACCGCCAAAGCCGGACGCGUUUUACUUCGGAGCCUGUCGCUCAACAGGGAGAAGAUUUAACUUUCAGUUUGACUUUGACCCAAGAAGAAGCCAAAAACGGAACGAGAAAAAAACUUUCUUUUUCCGUCGCACGGGCUUGUGCUAAUUGUCACCAGAGCGGAGUUCAAACUCCAGACAAUAUUGUAAAAUGUCCGACUUGCCGGGGUUAUGGGGUAGUCCAGACCUCCUACUCAAUUUUUUUGGGCAAUAUUCGUAGCCAAACUACUUGCCCUCGCUGCUAUG